UCCAAAAUGGCAGCCCACAGUAAUUUGAAACAUGGUGGUAGGAAAGGAAAACAUAAAGGAAAAUUUGGCAAAAGACAUACACCUGAUUUGCUUUACAAGCGAAAACAAAAAUGGCAAAUGGAUCAGGAGGAAAUUGAAGUUCUCAAAUCGAAAUAUAACAGUUUUGAUUCAUCGAAUGUAGAAACAUUUGACGAUUUUCCAAUAAGCCAACGAACGAAAGCUGGUUUACUGAAAGCAAAUUUCAUCUCACCAACCGACAUUCAAAAGGCAACUAUCGGCCUAGGACUACAGGACUUUGACAUCCUUGGCGCUGCUAAAACUGGUUCAGGCAAAACUUUAGCUUUUCUAGUUCCAGUCCUAGAAUGCCUAUACAGGAAUAGGUUCUCUGCAGCAGAUGGGCUUGGCGCUUUGGUGAUUUCACCAACACGGGAGCUGGCCUACCAGACGUUUGAAGUGCUAACAAAAGUUGGUGUACAGCAUGACUUCUCUGCAGGGCUUGUGAUUGGUGGAAAGGAUCUCCAAUCCGAGGCUGAAAGAAUAUGCCAGACGAAUAUAGUAGUGUGCACUCCUGGACGAUUACUGCAACAUAUGGAUGAGACUGCAAACUUUGAAUGUUCCAAUCUUAAAAUUCUUGUCCUUGAUGAGGCUGAUCGAAUACUUGACCUCGGAUUUGAGAAAACCAUGAAUGCGAUUAUUGAGAACAUACCAAACGAUAGGCAAACGCUUUUGUUCUCAGCCACGCAAACCAAAUCAGUGCGUGAUCUAGCAAGGUUGAGUUUGAAGGACCCAAAGUUUAUCUCUGUGCAUCACCACCAUGAGUUCAGUACACCUGUACAGUUAGAACAGAGCUAUGUCGUGUGUGACCUGGAUCAGAAAGUAGAUCUGCUGUACUCAUUCAUCCGCAGCCAUACUCAAUCGAAGAUUCUCGUUUUCAUGGCCAGCUGUAAACAGGUAAAAUACAUAUUUGAUAUUUUCUGUAUGCUCCAACCUGGAAUAACUGUAAUGGCUCUGUACGGAACACUUCACCAAAUGCGGAGAAUGGCUGUGUACAAUGAAUUUUGUAAGCGGGAACAUGCAGUGCUGUUUGCCACGGACAUCGCUGCAAGAGGUCUUGAUUUCCCAGCAGUCAGUUGGGUGAUGCAGCUGGACUGUCCGGAGGAUGCGGACACAUACAUUCAUCGGGCAGGGAGGACAGCGAGAUAUGAGAAGAAUGGUGAAUCACUUCUGGUGCUGACGCCUUCUGAGGAGAAGGAAAUGUUAAGACAACUAGUUGAGAAAAAGAUCCCCGUCCAAAAAAUAAAAACAAAUCCUAAGAAACAGUUAUCAAUACGGAGUCAGCUGCAGUCGUUCUGUGCUGAGGAUUACUCGUUGAAGCAAGAGGCCCAGCGUUGCUUUAUCUCUUACGUCAAAUCAGUCUACCUGAUGAAAAACAAGCAGGUUUUCAAUGUUAAGGCACUUCCACUGGAAGAUUUCUCAUUUUCUUUAGGCUUAGCUGUACAACCAAGAGUACGCUUCCUGAAGAGAGCUGAAAAGAGGCAAAAAGAGCAACAGAUGAUGAGAAACAUAGACAGCACUCAACCACCAAUGUCAUCUGACCCAAAUGUCCUGAGGAUUCGCAAACUUCUCCUUGAUGGAGGUGAUAGUUCAGAUGUUCGAUGUCCCGAAAAUUCAGUGGAGAAGGAUGAUGAUGAUGGUGUGUUACACGAAUCGGAUGAUGAGUAUGGUGACACUAUUCACAGAUUCAAUACAAAGGUUGCCAGGGAGAAGGGAGAUAAUGAACCAGCAUCUGAUGUUGAAGAUGAGGCUGAUUUAUCAAGUGGACAAAAUGAGGGAGAAAUUGAAGAGGAAGAUGUUGAGACCAGUUUCACUAAGAAUACAAAUAGCACAAGGACAAAUGAAAAUGAACGUAUAAGUUUUGAAGCGAAAACACUUCAGUCGACUCGGAGUGAUGACGAUGAUGACAAUGAAGAUUUGUUUACUGUGAAGCAAAAAGAUGUAUUUGGGGCUGGAACUACUGAUAAGGAUGAGGUGAACUUUCAGAAAUAUGAGCAAUCAAAGAAGAAAAGUAAACAUCUAACAAAAGCAGCGAUGGUGAAAAAGAUUCGUAAGAAGAAAAUUGUCGUGAACACCAAAGUUAUUUUUGAUGAUGAAGGAGAGGUGGUAGAACAGUGGCCCAAAAUACAGGUGGCUAAACAAGGCCAAGAUGAAGACACUGAUGGAGAGGACCAAGGAGGCAUCAAUAUUGAAAGAGCAAAGAGUUUCCUCCAUGAGGAAGAUAAACAUGACAAGGAGCUGUUCAAGCAACGAGUGCGAGAGAAACACAAGGCAAGAAGAUUAAAAGAGAAAGAAGAAAAGAAAAGAUCAAAGAGAAGGAAAGAAGGCAAAGAAUCUGGAGACGAUGAUGAUUUUGAUGGUGGUGUAAUGUUGGCAGUCCAACCAGAUGAUCAUUUUGAUGUUGAUCUGGGCAGAAGAGGAAAAAAUCAAAGAAGACCUUGGUACCAUCAAGUAGGGAUACUGACACAGGCCUGACACUGGCGGAAGACGAGGAGCUGGCAUUGCACAUACUCUCAAGCAAAUCUUGAUAAUUAAUUUUUUAAAUUUAUGUGUAAAAGUGCAAGGUGGGAAAAGGACUGGCAUUCCCGCAAAAAUUACGAUAUAUGAAUUGGUGAUACAACACGAUAAUUUUUGUGUCUAAAUAUAGAUCAUGUUACCACCAUUGUUAAUUCUAUGGUUGAUAGCUGAUGAACACCAGGAAGUUGCUAUGAUGAACCCUAUUUUCCAGCAACCCCCUUUGGUAACCUAUCCUGCUGUGUGGGGGCAUACAUUCUCAUUCUAGUAUAUGUGGUACCAGUAUUUUCAUGACAGGGGCAAUGUUCCCAAUGAGAACAAUGUUCUUGGUGGAGGGGGGUGCAAUGUAUCUGAUGAGAAAAUGUAUGUGGGUGAGCCAAUGGCUACCUACUGUAGAACCCUUGAGAAGCUCUGACAAUUUAGGGAUUUUAAAGGCAUAUUUAACCAAUUUUACAGUCUCCUAUUCUAUAGAAAUUAAAUAGGAAUUUUGUUUUCUCUACAACAAUUAUUGUUAAUCUCCCUACAGGGCCCUAUGAAAUUCUUCACCCCCUGCCCCACCCCAACUUGCACCAUCACUCUCUUUCGCUCGUGUCCAUUGAUUUUGUUAUACCUGUAAUUAUAUAGGCCUAUCUAUGAAUUAUGAUUUUGUAUGAUUUAUUUGGUUUAAUAUUUAAAAUUCUAAAACCUAACACUGAAUGGGUUCAAUGAAUCUAUAAAAAUUACACUAAAUAAAAAAAUAAAUAGAGUGGGUUGAGUGAGGGGGACUCAUUGUCCUUCCCCUUAAUUUGUUUAAUUACAUGAAUAUAGAAAAACUGUGCCUCCAAAAACAAUUGUCAAAAUGGCCCUGAAAACUGUCAAGUACUGGAGAAAAAAAACUGUAAUGCUAUUUGCUAUAUUUUUAAUAAUGAACAACAUCCUGGUCUAUAAAUAUAGUCCAAGGGUGAAUGAAGUCUAUUUCAUACUGCUGUAUAACAUUCUUGAGCAUAUUGUAUACUGUAGAAAAUACGCUAGAGUGUUUUACUGAAGGAUGUGUGCUACUGCUAAUGAAAGCAAUAGAACAAAAUUGACUUUAUAUGUUAUUAAAUGAAAACAAAACUAUU